AUGGUAGGAAAGACAGCUUCUAUUUUUGUUUCUCUACUUUUGUUGCUAGUGUUUUCAUCUAUGGACUCCGGAAUAGUUGGUGGCCGUAUUACUGAAUUUGCUGCAGCUCCUCCACUGAUUCCUUUGGAUAUCACAAUUUAUCAGAUGGAUCAUGGCCUAUCUGUCAACAGUAUCUACUCAAUCCUAGUUAAUGGCCACCCUACUUCCCCUUUUCAAGCUAAGAAAGGUUUAAGGCAAGGAGAUCCCCUCUCUCCAUUCUUGAUUGCUCUAGGGAUGGAAUUCUUAUCUAGAUGUAUGAGUCAACUGAAGCAAACUCCAGACUUCAAUUUCCACCCAAAGUGUGAGAGACUUAACAUAACUCACUUGAUGUUUGCUGAUGAUUUGUUGUUUUUCUCUAGAGAAGAUGUGGUUUCUGUUCAACUCUUGUUAGCUGCCUUUCAGAAAUUCUCUAGUGCUUCAGGUCUUGAAGCUAAUCUCAUCAAGAGUAAUAUCUAG